AAUAAUGUUGUUAAUACCGAUGCUGGGGAAAAUACAGUAAUACUCUCACCACAAAUUGUUAAAAGUUAUGGUGGUAUAUCAACUAUGCAGGAAUGCUCGUUGUCAGCUGCAGAAAGUGAAGAGGAGGAUUUGUCUCUUUCGGGUUCCAAUUUUUCUUCUCCCAACUCGGAGGAUGAAAGUGAUAGUUCUGACUAUAAUGUACGAGUCAAGAAAGCAAAGACAUCAGUUAAAAAUAAGAAAGUAUUUGCUUCAAAAAAGAAGAAAAUUACUAACCAGGUGCCAAAAUGUGGAAGUAAACAACAACAUAAAGUAUUACGAAAUAAGAAGGUGAAUGAUCAUGGAAAUGAAGGUGGUGAAAUUUCAUGUAAUGUUGCAUGUUCCGAUGUAGAAGAAGUUGUCGGAGAUAUACCUAAGAAAAGGAAGAAGGGUGAAAAUUCAAGAAUAUUCAGAAAGAAGAGGAAAAUUGCAGGAGAGCCUUACAAGAGCACGAAAGGUUAUAUUGUUCCGGGGAAAUGUCUGCCCCUAAACCCUUGUACAAAAUGUAAAUUACGAUGUAAAGAUAUUGCUGAUGAAGAAAGACAACGUAUAUUUUCUUACUAUAAUACAAAUUUAACAUCUCAGCAGCAAAAUGACUGGAUAUGCUCCCAUGUAUCGAAAGUUGCAGUGAGUAGAAGAAGGAAAGAUACUAAAAACCCUGAGAAAAGAUUAAACACAUACAGAUACCAUUUUGAUAUCGAAGGAAAGCCGGUCCCUGUGUGUAGACAAUUCUUUCUUGCAACACUGGCUUUGAAGAAGAAAAAAGUGCACUAUACCAUUGAACAUGCAACCAGCAUCAACACAGCGAAGGUCGAUGAAAGAGGCAAAUCAGAAAGUCACAACAAAACACCAGAUGCUCUUGUAAAAAGUGCGGAAAAAUUCAUUUCUAAUCUACCAGCGGUGCCAUCUCACUACUGCCGAAAGGAUUACAACCGUCGAUACUUGCCUUCACACUUGAACAUGAACAUAAUUUACAAUGAUUAUAAAAAAGGAAUGGAUGAAACAGGAGAAUCAGCCGUGUCAUUUAAUGCAUUUAGAAAUUCAUUUAAGUCGUUUAAUCUUGCAUUCCAUAAGCCUAAGAAAGAAAAAUGUUGA